AGUUAGGAUUUACCAACAUUGAUAUCGUACCAAUUCUAGGAUUAGAAGUAGACUGCUUGGCAUCAUGGUACUGGGUUUACGCUGGCCAAUGGCUGGAAGAUAUGCAAGCACAUGAAAAACCAAAAAGAAAAUGUGGGGCAAACCAGCAGUGGCAACAGGUCUCUGGCUUGAAAUAUAGGACAGAAGUACUAGUUGG